CCGUCUGCCACACCUGCCUGCCAAGCUCCAGAGCUGAUGGGCGCGGUUGGGACCGGUGCCCAAAUCUGUGUUUUGACUUGCCUGGGAAAGUUGAGCGAAAAGGCACAAAAGGACGGAAGACUUUAAGAACAUCCCACCACGGAGCGUCAACUUCAUUUAAACACUUUAUCUCUCCCGAGGACGCGUUCAGUCGCUCCAUCUUGAGAGUGAAUCGGGAUUUAAUUGUAGCUCGAGCUGGCUGAAGAUAAAAUGGGAUGGACGAGUUAACGAGACAGAUGGACUUCUCCGCUGGCUUGUCAGGAGAAAAGGUUGUGACAGAAACUGUUACCACCACAACCAGACUGACUUCUCUACCACCAAAGGGAACCAGCGGAUCAAAUCACAGGAAUAUGUCCAGCGGUGCUGGAGGGCUGGGCUUGGAGAAGAAUGUCUUAACCCAGAACAGCAGUGGAACUUAUUUCUCCUCAUCCUCUGUAGGUGUGAACACCGGCAGCUACAGCUCCUCCUCAGGGGUUUACCUUGGAGACUCCUCAGGAGGGGGUGAUGUAGGGGGGCUCUUCUUGGACGGAGAGGGGUAUGGAAGCAGCAGCGGAGGAGGAGGAGGAGGAGGAGGAGGAGGAGGCAGAGGUAACAGCAGUUAUCUCGUGAGCUCUGUGACAAAGGUCAGGAGCAGCUCGUCGGGCGGUGCCAGGAGAGGGCAGACUGCUGGCUCAUCAGGAGGCCUGUCGCCAGCUUUCCGGGAGAGGAAAACUAUAUCGAGCCGCUCAGGAGGUUACGACGGAAGUUCCAGUGCUAAUUCCUCCCCAGAGUUUACCCGUAAAGAUUACGGAGUCUAUUGCUCCAGUGCCACAAGAGGGAGGAGCGAAAGCCGAGAGAGCGAGAUCAGAGCCAGAUUACAAAGUGCCUCUCCCACCGCCGGCAGAUGGACGGAGCUGGAUGACGUAAAAAAGCUGCUGAAGGGACGCUCCUGCAGCGUGAGUCCCACUCGCUCCUCCAGCACCACCCUGCCUGUCCCUAAAAAGGCCACCGUGGAAACCAAGACCAUCACUGUCAGCUCUCAGACGGGUUCGACUUCAUUUGGCUCUGGUGUGGGAUCGAGCGGGUUCCACACCAUCGAUACAUCCGGCCUGUAUGACAACACUCUGACAACAGGCCAAUAUGAUACUGGUGUAAAAUCAGGCCAGUAUGACAUUACUCUAAAAUCAGGCCAAUAUGAUACUGGUGUGAAGUCGGGCCAGUACGGUAUUGGUCUAAAAUCAGGACAGUAUGAUACUGGCGUGAAAUCAGGCCAAUAUGAUGUCAUCCUGAAAUCAGGACAGUAUGAUACUAGUCUCAGAUCAGGCCAGUAUGAUACUGGUGUCAAGUCAGCACACUAUGACAUGAGUUUAAAAUCAGGACAGUAUGACACCAGCAUGAGAUCUGGCCAGUACGACACGCUGGACGCUACUCUUCCGACCUUCUCCUGGUCCACCUCCACGUUGCCCUCCGCCAACACCACGGUGCUUGCUGGCAACACCAGCAGCUACACGUACCAAACCGGCACCAACAACAUGGCGGGAGGAUCCUCGCCAACUGGCCUCACCUCGCCCUCGUCCCUGUCAGUUUACGGCUUCCAGAACAAUCUGGCCCCCACAUCUCCCACUGUGCUCACCACCAGUGGAGCCAACAUAAAUGCCAAUGUAGGAGGUUAUGGCGUUCAGAAGAAUCUGUCAAAUAGUGGUGGCGGUGGCAGUGGUGGUGGUGGUGGUGUCAUCACCACUGGAGUCACUACAACCACUAGAUCCCAAAGUGAUGAUUUAUAUAAGAAAGAGAAGUUUGUGAUCGCUGACAAAGAGAACGCUCCGGUGAAGAGGGACACAGAAAUGUUCAUUUUGUCUAAAGACAGCGGGAAGCAGUUCACCAGCAGCGGCAGCAUGCAGAUCGGAGGAGGGUCACUAUCAGGAGAUUCAAUAAAGAAAGAGAAGCUUAUCUCAAGCUACUCGGAGACGGCACCACUGAAGACAGAAACCGGCAACUCUUACUAUGGAUCAUCUGGAGUUGUGAUGAAAGACAAAGCCACCUUUGCAGAAAUUCACAGGGACAGCGGCAUCUUCGGAGGAGGCGGAGGAUUGUGCUGCUGCUCAGACUCGUGUUGCUCCUGGUGGAAAUGGCUGCUGGGUCUCCUCCUCCUCUCCCUGCUCCUGCUGGGACUCCUGUUCGGGCUCAUUGCACUGGCUGAGGAUGUAAGAAAGCUGAAGAAUCGAGUGGCUACACUUGAGGCCGAGUCCUCGGUGACUGCUGCUCGUACCGCACACCGUAACAAUGAGAUUAACGGCUAUGGCAUCGCUGGUGCUGGAGGUGGAGGUACCUCCCACACUGACAACACGCUACUCGUGGUUCCUGGAGGUGGAGGCUCGAGCUCCAGAACACAAGUCGGGAUUGCAGCUGGUGCUGGCACUGCUGGUGGAAACGACAUUGCAGGUGCUGGUGGAAGCACUGGGGCCAGAGCUGGAGCUGCCGGCACCGGCACCAGUGGCAGCUCCGGUGGCGGUGCCAGCGGUACUGGUACCAGCUACAGCGGUACCAGUAGCAGUUUUGAUAGUACUGGUACCAGUUACAGUGGCGGUGUCAGCAGAGGAGGCAGUUCAAGCGGUUCUGGCACCAGCUUCAGUGUUGGAACUGGCCGCGGUGUGAGUGGAGGACAGAUGGACGCUGAUGCUAUUAAGCUGAUGAUCGAACAGAUGUUAAGAAGUGAAAUACACUCACAGUCAUACAGAGCUUUUCUAGAAUCGACAGUGCGAGGAGAGAGAGGACUGCCUGGACCUAAAGGGGACACUGGAUCUAGAGGGGAUGCAGGUUUCCCUGGACUUCCAGGUACUCCGGGUCUGAUGGGACAAGCAGGUCCUGAGGGUCCAAAAGGACAGAAAGGAAGCCAAGGUGAUCACGGACUGGACGGGGCACCAGGUAUCAGAGGCCGUGAGGGCCCACCUGGCCCCAGAGGUGAGGCGGGACCUCCAGGCUUUGGAGCGAAAGGUGCGACUGGAGAGCCUGGACCUGCGGGACCUGUCGGUCCAUCUGGACCAAAGGGCAUACCCGGACUUCCUGGACUUAUUGGAUCACAAGGCCAACCGGGUCCUCAGGGCUUCCGUGGCGAGCCAGGGCCACAUGGGGCUAAAGGUGACAGAGGGCUACCUGGAUUCCAGGGACUUAAAGGUGAAGCUGGUGACAGUGGUCUAAGAGGAGCGAAAGGUGAUCCUGGUUUGCCAGGUCUGUCAGGUCCGGCUGGAGAGAGAGGAGUGAAAGGAUCGAUGGGUUCACCUGGAGUUGAUGGGAUGAAAGGAUCGAGAGGUGACCAAGGACCUGCCGGGCCCCCUGGACUCAGAGGUCCUGCUGGGCCUCCUGGAGAUGCUUCUCUUCCAGGACAACCUGGGCUUCAAGGACCACCAGGGAUACCAGGAAAUCCAGGCCGACCUGGCGCUAAAGGUGAUGCAGGUCCACCAGGAAGAAUCAUCAAUGCAGCUGGCUCCACUGCUGUCGGCAUCCCAGGACCACCUGGGCCUGCUGGUCCCCCCGGCCCUGCAGGACCUCCAGGAUUAUCAGGUCCCAUCGGCCCUGCUGGUCUACCUGGUCAACCUGGUCCUAAAGGUGACAGAGGAUAUAAGGGCGAGCAGGGAGACUAUGGAAUAUCAUCAUCAAGAGUGUCUGAAACGUCAAGCUCGAGGCUGUUUAGUGCCAGCGGAGGUUCAGGACACACACAACAAGGCCCACCUGGCCCACCUGGUCCACCUGGCCCACCUGGACGCCCAGGUGAUUCACGACAAGGACCUCCAGGACCACCAGGGCCUCCAGGUUAUGGACAACCAGGACCUAAAGGAGACAGAGGAGAGUCAGGCUUUUCGUCCAGCUCUGGAUCAUACUACCCUGGACCACCAGGACCACCCGGACCACCUGGGCCUGCUGGACCUAAAGGAUCAACAGGUGCUCCUGGACUCAGGGGAUACCAAGGAGAAGCAGGCCAGCCAGGUGUGCCGGGCACCCCAGGAAGACCAGGAACCUCUGAGAGAGUUUCAACUUAUGGUGGAGUGCAGACAAUCCCUGGACCACCAGGUCCACCAGGACCUCCUGGACAUCCUGGACCACAGGGAAUUAAAGGGGACCCUGGAGUUCCUGGUAUUCCUGGCUCUUCAAGAGGUGCUAUCUCAGUCACCGCAGGUCCUCCUGGCCCCCCUGGUCCUCCUGGCCCUCCAGGACAGACAGGCUCCUUCUCUUCCUCAGUUGAGAUGCGGCAGUACAUCUCUGAUUAUCUAAGUAGAAGCAGACAGUCCAGUAUCCCCGGACCUCCAGGUCCACCUGGGCCUCCAGGACUCCCCGGAACAUUCUCAGGCUCUCUUGAGGACAUCUCCGCUCGCAUCAUUGCAUACCUGCAGCGUUCUGGCUCUGGCCUCAGCAUUGGUGCACAGGGUCCUCCAGGACCACCUGGUCCACCUGGACCCAGCUCUGGAUCCUUUACGGUUAGCAGUCUCAUCGCCAUGCUUCAGAGAGACGAUGUUAGGAGAUAUUUGACAGGACCACAAGGGCCACAAGGGCCACAAGGACCACAAGGGCCGCCAGGACUGCCAGGGGCAUCAGGAGGAUUUUCAGGCAGUUACAGUGUAGAAGAGAUUGCCACAUAUGUCUUCAAAAUCAUGACUGACAGAGGGAUUGCUAGAGGUCCACCUGGGCCACCUGGUCCCGCUGGGCCUGCUGGUGGAGUGAGCUCUGGCUACACUACUGCUACGAUCAACUAUGCUGAACUGAUCAGACAUCCAGACUUCCGCUCAUGGAUUAGCACUCAUGUGCAGCACGGUCCUCCUGGUCCUCCGGGCGUUCCAGGACAACCUGGACCUGCUGGCCCUCAGGGACCGCCAGGAGUCUCUACUGCCACUGUGAUCGGGGCCGGAGGUCAGGGCUACAGCAUGGAGGACAUUCGGCGUUACCUGCAGAGUUCUGGUUUCAGAGGUCAUCCCGGCCCUCCUGGUCCUCAGGGUCCACAGGGACCACAGGGUCCACCGGGCAGUUACAGUGGAAGCGUUACCUACAGUGGAAACUUCCCUCGGGAGAGCAUCCGCACUGAAAUUCAACAGUAUCUGACCAGUGACAGUGUUCGUCGUUCUAUCAUGGGACCUCCAGGGCCGAGGGGUCAGAAGGGAGAUCGCGGAGAGCCAGGUCACAUCCAGGGCUACGCACAAAGCCACUCUCAGGGCUACUCUCAGGGUGACUCUCGAUACAGCUCUGACCGCAGAGAUAUCGAUAUCAGCAGGCUCACUGAGAGUCUGGACUACUCCAGCGUCGCCAUGAAAGUUACAGACUACAUCAAGAAUCAAGGCCUGCUGCAGGGCUAUCUGGUUGAGGGUCCUUCAUCGUCACAUGUUAGAGCGGUCCAAGGCCCCCCUGGUCCACCUGGCCCCAUGGGACCACCUGGUUACAGCCGCGUCUUCAGCACCUACAGCAACAUCACGGCUGACCUCAUGGAUUUCUUCAGAACAUAUGGCACCAUCCCCGGCCCGCCAGGAGGCCCCGGACCAAGGGGUGACAGAGGGUACCCAGGACCCAGAGGAGAGAAGGGUGAUCCUGGACGCCCAGGUUUACCAGGACUACCCGGGUCAUACACUGUUCAAAUUCCACACAAAGUGCAGAAGAGGGAUACAGGUGAUAAGGUGGUUGGUCGUCGUCAUCGCCGUCGUGCCAGCGGUGUCUAAACAUACUACUGGAUCAUGUCAGAUGUCAUUCUUCCUCAUCUUUGUUUUUUUUAGGUGUUCAACUGUGGAAAUGCAAGUUCUUAAUCUUGCCAUCUGUAGAAAAGUCACAGGACACUCUGAUAAAAUAAAAGCGGCCAAAAACUGCAAUAAUUUUCUUUACAAUGGCUUCGGCAGAGGUUUGGUUUUAGCUGCUGGUCAGUGUCUUCGUCACACAGACUGCAUUAUUUUUUAACAUGUGGGUGUAUAAUGUUUACUUUGCUUAGUUAGGAGCUUGCUUUUUUUCAGGGGCAGCUUUAUUUAAAGGGUAUCGACCUGGACCCUAUUUUCUGACGUGUUUGUGUUUAAGUGACUAAUAGGAACAACAGUUUUUGAAACUGGUCCAGUAUUAAGUGAGAGCUGCAGCUGGCAGCCGCAUAACAGGCUGCAAUGUAACCACUUGGGACAAUUACGCACUGUCAAUUUACGGCCACUAAAAGUAGUCUGUUUCUGGUUAUACAAAAAUGAUCUUAUUCUUUAAUACGAAGCUCUAUCUCUGUGAGAUCCUUUCCAUAAUGUUCUCCGACACUUAGAAUAAUAAUCUGAGCCUGUCGGUGGAAAAAACAAUUUUAGUGGAUGUAAAUUGACAGUGUUAAUAUGCCCAGAGUGCUUAUAUUGCAGCAUGUUUAGCAGCUGCAGCAAUCUCACUCAAUACUGGACCAAUUUCAAAAUUUAUUGCCCUGAGUCAUUUAGUCACAAAAACAUGGGGGAAUGGGGUUGAGGCUGAAAAAUACAAUACCCUUUAAGUGAAUAUGUAUUUUUAAGCAAUAAGUAGCUGAUGCUUUAAUUGCACUUUGCAUCUUUUCCCUCUGCUCUUGUAACAUUGAGUGUCUGGUGUACUUUUUUUGUACUUUGUUUUUUUUGAGGAUUAUAUUGUAUUGAGUACUAUAAGAGUGUCAGUGUUGUGUCAAGGUUCCCCUUCAAUGUUUCAUGAAUUACAAUUUUGUCAUUAUACACAAAAAUUAAGUCUAAAUCAGCCUUUGCGACCCCGGGCGUUACCAUUCACGCCAUUUACAAAAUACCAUAUUUUAAGUAUAUAAAGCAGUGCAUCUUUACCAGUCAGCUUAAGGGUCAUUCGUGCAGCAGGGAGGGGACUUUGGUUACAGUAAGUGUUGCUGUUGUCAGGACUGAUGAUUUACUUGAAAGUUUUGUUGGUAAAAAAAAAAAAAAAGAAAUAAAGUUUGCAUGGUUGAAGGGCAGAUAAUCUCUAAGGAAUGACUGAUUGGGUUGUAUAUUUUUGUAUGAGAGCGCACUGAAGUGGAUAUAUAUUCUUUAUACCUUUAAGUGUUGAAAAGAUUAAAUUAUAUCAGAUGUUCCCGGAUUAUGUUUUACAUGAUUGAACUUGUCAACAUGAUUGACAUUUGAUCAAUAUAUUUGAAAGACACACAAAUAAAUCUAUUUUUGGACUUGGGA